AGAACAAAAAGAAGCAGCAUGUGGUUUAUACGGUCCUGGAUCUGAACACAGACCCCAGGAGGACUCAGGUGCAGCAGGAGGACUUCAUGUUCUGGUUGGGGGCGGUAAUGCGCCUACAAGCUGCUCGCAGCCGCCGUCUAACAGCAGAAGAAGAAGCAGCAGCUGGUGUUCGUCUCGUCGGCUCCAAACUUUCAUCAAACUUUAACAGAAACUUUUCGUUUAAACACCGGGACCAGAAGAUUUCAGCGACAGAACCGGGCCGGUUCAGCGGGACACGAUCAAAUGUUUUUCCUGAAGAGUCGUCCUGCAGCUCUGCAGCUCUGCAGACUCUUUUCUGCCGACUCUUUACCGACUCUCACUCUGUUCACCAAGAAUCCGUGUCCUCUGUGUGACGAAGCUAAAGAUGUGCUGGAACCGUUCCGACACCGGUUUGUGUUGCAGCAGGUGGACAUCAGUCUUCCUGAGAACAGACACUGGGCGGACAGGUACAGGUGGGACAUACCUGUCUUCCACCUGAACGGACAGUUUGUGAUGAAACAUCGAGUGGACGUGGUCCUGCUGGACAAACUGCUGCAGGACGCUGAGACACAGAAACCAUGACGAUCUGAUUAAUUUAACCUGUUUAACAAUCAAUAAAUGUGUGUGUACAGCUG